UGGAAUCCGCCGCCCCCCACACACACAUGACAAUGACGACGCUGUGCCCUGAUUAGCUCGAUAAGUUUUUUAACACACACCAGACGACCAACGACACCUGCCGCCCGCCGCCCGCCGGCUGUGCGUUGCAGGGGCUGGGCCGACACCGACGUGAUGGCCGCGAGCGGACAUCGGAGCGUGGCAUCGGUCGAGGCCGUCGACCGCUUUUGUCGGCGUAACAUGCCCGACGCCAUGCGUCGCCGGCAAUUACCGCCCGAGCUUGGCGUCGUUCGGCUCGACCACGCCCCCAAGCUCUUUCCACGCUGGCUUCUUCUUGAUGACCAGGCUCUUCGGGUGGUCCAACAGCAACCCAAGAGUUUGGACUUGCUCUGCACCCUGGACAGUGUGGCUGAUGUCGAAAUCGUCGCCGGCGAACCCUUGCCAGACUUUGUUCGGAGCCAGUUUGAUGUGGCUGCCUGCCUGCAGGUCCGCCUGCACCUGUGCCCCUCGACUACCCCGACCCAGCCACCUGCCCCGAUGACCCAUGCCGUCGACAGUAGCCGCAGCUACCAAGCUCUGCUCUACAGCUCCAACCCGGAACCGGGAGCAAGGCGCCCCGCGCCUUCCGUUUCAGUUUCGUCGGCCAGCAGCAGUCCAGACCUGCGCCGACACAUUUCCACGCGAAGCCUCAAUAGCUCACCCCUCACUAUCCUCAAUGGGCAUGUCCACCGUUCAGCAAGUGGUGGGGCCACGUCACCACACCUGCAGCGCGUUCGACCCGCCCCCAUCGUCACCUCGGCCGCGCGAGCUGUUGCUGCCAGCCGGUCCACCAUGAGUGCUGGCGCCAACUUUACCGUGCCAACCUCCAGCGCGUCUCAGCCUUCCUCCCCGCGCUGGUCACGGCGCAGUGACCAAACUUCCAACAGUCCCACCCACGCCUUUUUUGCAGAACAACAGAAAGACCUGACCCAGUUCUCCCGUCGCCUCUCCGCUGACCUGAACAACGCCCCCCACUCGUCCACCGCCCGCCUCUUUCGCUCUCGCAAGUCCAUGUCGCCCAGCGCAAGCACUGGCUCCCUCCGCGCCCUUGACCGUGACUCCGCAACAAAUCCAAGUGCCUUUCAUCAUCGUACGGAUGCUGCCCGGCCCGGACGGGGCAGUGCGUCGGGUAGCCACAUGGCCCACGCCUUCUUGGCUCCAGGAGACGAACGUGCGCUACAGCCCGUGGACUACGUCGAUCUCUUCUUGCCGCAUCACUCGGCCCCACGCUUUGUCGCCCUGCUUCGAAAAAUGUGCUUUUGGCGCUGGAUUCAGCAGAGCGCCCCCGCCACCUCGUCGUCUCCCACUGUGCCUUCCCAAGUGGGGGCGACUCUGGCCGAAGGAGACCCCGCAACUGACUUUGCCCGGCUCUGGCAGCCGCUCAUGAGCGGUUCCAAAUCUUUUGAACAACGCGUUGCCUGCUACAGUGCCCUUGUCGAGGCCUGCCAAUCCCGCGAGAACCUGCGCAUCAUAUUCUGGACGCAUAACGACUGUGCGGCUCGCUUGUUGGCGCAACUGGAUCGCCUGCUGCACAUGCCCCAUCUUUCGCGCGAGGACGCGGCUACUAUGGAAGGUGCAGAUAAGGUGGCCGACGCGCUGGAAGAGGCCGCAGCCAUCCUCCAUCUGGUUGUCAUUUGCGUACGGGGCAGUCAGAGCCUUCUUGGCAAGGCCCGUGCUCUCGUGUCAGCCCCCGUCGCCGAUUGUCUGGAUGUGGUUCUCCACACCUUGUUGCAGCCUGUACCCUACGUGGUCAUGUUGCCCCGCCACCAAGAGGUACAGGACCAGGCAACAGACUUGUUGCAAGGGGUCAUUGAGCUUUUGGCCAGCCUGGCAGACUUGGAAUUGGACACUUUGGAACCUGCCAAUGGCAAUCUUGUCAACUUUGGCCGCGAAUACCUGCGACGGCUACUUCGGCGCCAUCGAGCACAGCUCUGGCCCAUGAUCAACCUUGCGCGCAAAUCUUUACUCAAAUGUUGCAAGCGCUCUGAGGGCCUUCACCCCACUUCACGCCGCUUCCUUCGCGCACAUCUCCGCCUGGGAUUCCUGCAAAUUGCCCUCCCUGAAGUGGGCCCGGAACGCUCUCCCGAUGAUCGCGCCAACCUGCAAGAACUUCGGCACAGGCUUCAAGCGCUCGAGCUUCCAGAUGAUAUGCGCGCCAGUGGUGUGCUUGUGAACCGGUGUCAUGAGGUUAUUCAACUCUUGUAA